ACAGGCAGAGACCUUUACGCAGGUUCUGAUGCUGAUAAUAAACCAUGAGCUCCUGCUGUGUAUUAUGACAGCUCAGUAAUUACAUCUGUUUAUCAGAUGUGAACAAGGGUUUAAAUAGAGUGGACUUCAAGCAAGGCAAGCACAGGCUGUAACCUCAUCCCUGGCAUUGGGACUCCUCAUUCCUGCUCCUCAAUCUCUCUUCUUUAGCUCUCAAUUCUCCCCUCACUCCUGCAUCCUCAGUAUCUCAGGAAUAAGAAGGAAAGUCCACGUCAUGCUGAGGUUUUGGUUUACUCUGACCCUCUGGCUGGUCAUCUCACAGUUUCAACUGGAGGCUGAUGCUCGUAAACCUGUUCUUGGACUGAAACUGUGUGGGAGAGAGUUUAUCCGGGCUGUCAUUUUCACCUGUGGAGGCUCCAGAUGGAAAAGGACAGGAAUAAAGACAGCAGAUACCUCUGGGAACUCCGGCUACUUGGAGAAGAUGAUGAAAGACACCAAUUUCAAUGGCUGGGCUCUUUCAGAGGAUGUCACCAUCUCUGAACCAGAGAGUUGGAGAGUGCUGGUGGGACUGGGGGGAGAGAGCCGAAGUCGGAGAAGCAUUUCUGAUGAUGUACUGGAGACUUUGAGGAGCACCGUUAGGAAGGGGAGGGAUGUGGUGGUAGGCCUGUCCAGUGCUUGUUGUAAAUGGGGUUGCACCAAGAGUGAGAUCAGCUCACUCUGUUAGAGUACACCUCGGCAUCAUCACCAACCUUCUGUUCACCUCGACGUACAACAGGAACCUGAAGACUGGGUCGAAAUGUGCAAAUAGUUCUCCUGCCAAGAUCUUAGCCCUCACAAAUCUCGAAAGCACAGCAUAAAUAUCUGUGCAUGAUACAAGCACAGUGAUCAAAAUAAAGACCAGCAAUUUGCAGGAAGCGGAUGUUUUGCGAGACAGACAUUUAUUGAAAUGUUUAAUGCUUUGACUCUAGAUUAGCUUUUUUUAUUAAUUUGCCAUCAAACAUUCAUUGUUUUUAUUUAAGGUUUCAGUCAUAAUCUUAAUAUGUUCACAUCGUGUUUGUACAGUCUGCGUUUCAUAAAAAAAAGCUACAGCAUCACUACAA